AUGGGCGACAUGGCGAACGAGAUCAAGCUGCUCUCUGGCUCAAGCCACCCGAGCCUGGCCAAGUCGGUCGCCGACCGACUGGGUAUCGAGAUUGCAAAGACCAUGAGUUUGAACUACUCCAACCAGGAGACGAGCGUCACGAUUGGAGAAUCAGUGCGCGACGAAGAUGUCUUCAUCCUCCAGUCUACCGCGCCAGGUGACAUCAACGACGGCCUCAUGGAGCUCCUCAUCAUGAUCCACGCCUGCCGCACCGCCUCGGCUCGCAGAAUCACAGCCGUCAUUCCCAAUUUCCCCUACGCCCGACAGGACAAGAAGGACAAGAGUCGUGCCCCGAUCUCAGCCAAGCUCAUCGCCAACAUGCUGCAAACAGCUGGGUGCAACCACGUCAUCACCAUGGACCUGCACGCUUCUCAGAUCCAGGGCUUCUUCAACGUCCCUGUCGACAACCUCUACGCCGAGCCGAGCGUCCUGCGUUGGAUCCGCGAGAACCGGGGUGGAGAGGACACUGUCAUUGUCAGUCCCGAUGCUGGUGGCGCCAAGAGGGCGACUUCUAUUGCCGACCGUCUGGAUCGUGCUUUCGCCCUGAUCCACAAGGAGCGCCCCCGUCCCAACGUUGUCGGCCGCAUGGUCCUCGUUGGCGAUGUUGUGGACAAGGUCGCCAUCCUUGUUGACGACAUGGCAGACACAUGUGGUACCCUUGCCAAGGCGGCUCAGACAGUCAAGGAUCACGGCGCCAAAGAGGUCAUCGCCAUUGUGACGCACGGUAUUCUGAGUGGUGAUGCUAUCAACAUCCUCAACAACAGUGUGCUGAGCCAGAUCGUCGUCACCAACACCGUGCCUCUUGGCGACAAGAUCAACAAGUGCAAGAAGCUGCGCGUCAUUGACGUCUCGCCCACGCUGGCCGAGGCCAUCAGAAGAACUCACAACGGAGAGAGUGUCAGCUUCCUCUUCUCGCACGCUCCGUUAUAA